AUGGAGGUCCCCGGCCGAGGUCCCCCAGGCGAGGCUCCCUGGAAGAAGCUAUCUAAGGAGGAGCUGGAGAAUCAGUACAGCCCCAGCAGAUGGGUCAUCCGACAGGGAGCCGAGGAGACCCUGAGGACGUACUCACACAUAGGAGACGAGGCCACCAAGAAGGCCCGGGCCACCAGGAGAAGCCUGCUGCAUGUCCCCUACGGGGAUGGUGAAGGGGAGAAACUGGAUAUCUACUUUCCCAGGGAAGUGUCUGCAGCCUCACGUUUCUGUCUGUUCUUUCACGGAGGAUACUGGCAGAGUGGAAGUAAAGACACAUCAGCCUUCAUGGUCAACCCACUGACAGCACAGGGAGUGGCCGUGGUGGUCAUGGCUUAUGACCUUGCCCCCAAAGGUACCCUGGACCAGAUGGUAGACCAGGUGACUCGGAGCAUCGCAUUUGUCCAGAAGCAGUAUCCGUGCAAUGAGGGACUUUACCUGUGCGGGCACUCAGCAGGGGCCCACCUGGCUUCCAUGAUGUUCCUGACCAACUGGACCAAGCAUGGAGUCACACCCAACCUCAAAGGCUUUUUCCUGGUAAGUGGGAUCUAUGACCUGGAGCCCAUUGUGUAUACCACUAUCAACGCCCCUCUCCACAUGACCUUGGAGGAUGCUCAGAGGAACAGUCCCCAGCUGCUCCUGGAGGCGGCCGUGACGCAGCUCUCAGAUCCAGCCUGCCACGUGCUGGUGACUGUGGGCCAACACGACUCCCCUGAAUUCCACCGACAGUCCAGGGAAUUUUAUCAGACACUGCGCCGAGGAGGGUGGAAUGCCUCGUUUGAAGAAAUCCAUGAUGUGGAUCACUUUGAAAUCAUUUGGAACCUAACCCAGAAGGACUUCGUGCUCACCCAGAUGAUUUUGAGAACAAUCCUCCACGAGCACUGACGGCGCUGGAGUGAGCCCCCCCACCCCCCGAUGGUGAAGCCCCUCCACAGAC